AUGAACCAACAGUUAAACGGAGCUGUAAGAAAACAACAUAUUUCAGGUGACACAAGAAUUACAGAAGGUCUACUGAACGCACCUUUUCCGUCGCAGAACAGGCGUGACGUCGCGUUCGAGAAAGAGGUGCUGAAGGUCCUGCACAUGCUUAAGGUGACACAACAAGCUCAAAGUGAGCAGCUCUCUGCAAUACUCCACAGCUUAAGCUCUGCAGCUGAAGAAGCAGAAUCACAAAGGGCUCUGCCCAUGCCAUUCAGAAGGCUCUCAGAUUUUUUGCAGUUUGAGGAGGACCUGGCAGACAGCGACACAAAGCGAAGCCAGUUGAGAAAGUUCAUCCGAUCUGUUGGAGGUGGCAACCCACGAGAGCUGACAUUCCGGUUCCUAUCACGCCUCUUGGGAUACAGUGUUGGGAAAGAGUACAGCUUGUUCGGAAAUAAAGGAAAGAGGAAGUUCAGCAAUCUUACCACAUGGACUAUCAUGCUCAACUAUAUGACAGAAACUAAGGGAGCUACAGUGAAAGAGGUCGAGCAAGCUACGAUGUCCUGGCUCCGACAUGCGCCGGAGGCUUGUCACCGUGAAGAGCAGAAGGCUGCAAUGGAACAGGACUGACUCACCGUGCUAUGCAGAAGUACACCAUAAGUAAGCAGGCAAGAACGACA